GAUUCACUCAAAGCGUCGCCCUCGUGGAUUCUCGGCUCGGUAUUCUCCAUGAUUUUUUCUACCGUUGUGGCUCUUGAUUUUCCUGCCUACCCCGGGCUCCGCCUUAAUUAUUCUACAGCAGGCGUCCUUGAGGUCGCUUUUAGCAGUCCCCCUGUCAAUUUCUGGGGUCUGAACACUAUCACUGGCUUGGGCGAUAUUGUCCAGAAGCUCCGUAACGAUACGGAUACAAAAGUUGUUCUCUUCACAAGCGAUGUCCCGGGCUUCUUCGUCAAUCACUUGGAUCUUCUCAUCACCACUUUCGAUCCAACCGUUGGUCAGCGUACUGCUCAAUUGCUAUUCGAUAUGAGCACCCUUAACCAGAUCAACAUCGCCGCUGUUGAAGGCAAAACGCGCGGUGCAGGCAACGAACUUUUGACCUAUUUGGACAUGCGUUUCGCAAUCAAUCAAUGCGGCUACGAGGCCAACACUCGCCGAACUCAUGGCGGACGCAAAUAGAUUUUUACAAACAUUGUCCAACCCCGAGAUUCCAGUAUUGAUCGGGAAAGCACUGGCCCUGGCUCAAAAUCAGACAAUUAGUUAUGCCGAAAACUUUUUUGGAGAAGUCA